AUGGCUUCGUACUUUUCUUCCAUCACAACGUCUUCCGCGAUCUCCAACCUCGGCACACGCUUGAACUCCCUCCGCCGCGCCAUUACAUCUGGAGAGGAGUCGGACGACUCAGACAACGAAGAUUGCUCUCAUGUUUCAAACGUUCUACGCGCAUACUACGUGGAGAAGGGGCGUCCGUUCCCGCCCUGGCUCCCUCCGGACCCGAAGGGCCAUUCUCAGACCCCGGCCCGAAUGAUCGCAACAUCACAGCUUCCGCAAGGUGGAUAUGGCCAAUCGCCUACUGCAACUUCAUUUGGGAGAUCAGGAGGACUUAGUGAUCUCUGGGGUGAUUCUGGCUCGUCUCCUCAGGCUCCAGCAGCACAAACAUCCAGUCUUCGACGAGGACGAGCACCUGCCAGCUCCGGUCAGCUGUCAGUGUCUCCGGGGUCGUCGGGCCGAUUGUCACCGCGUGGGCCAUCUCCAGCUGCCUCGAGGCCGCUGCCUAGUCAGCGGGCAGGGUCGUUUCAGUCUGUACCAUCCCACCGUACCUCGAUGGACGGCGGCCCGUCCGCUCAAGAGAGACUGAGGGCGCGACUACAAGGUGGUCGGUCCGGUUCUGCACAAUCGGCACCUCUGACUGCGAAAAAUGAAGAUCCACGGUAUGGCUAUAAUUCGCCUAUUUCCCGGAAGCCAUUGGGAAGUCCCUCGGGGGAGAGGAUGUGGGGUUCACGCUGA